AUGGAUGCCAAUGCUGGGGAACAGCUGCCAACGACGUCGGCCCUAUACAGCAAGUUGCGAAGAGCAGGCUUGCUCCGAUUGUUGGAAGCAGAGAAGAGUGCAAGGGAAGAGCAGCUUCGGCAGGCAGAAGAGCAAAAGAAGGAAGUGCAGCUCCGACAGGAACUGCGGGACUACAUGGAUGCCAAUGCAGGGCAAUCUCCGCCGACGACGUCGGCUCUAUACAGCAAGUUGCGAAGGGCAGACUUGCUGCGAUUGCUGGAAGAAGAAAGGCUUCCUAUGGAAGCGCAGCUCCGACAAGAACUGCGGGACUACAUGGAUGCCAAUGCUGGGCAACCUCCGCCAACGACGUCGGCCCUAUACAGCAAGUUGCGAAGGGCAGGCUUGCUCCGAUUGUUGGAAGCAGAGAAGAGUGCAAGGGAAGAGCAGCUUCGGCAGGCAGAAGAGCAAAAGAAGGAAGUGCAGCUCCGACAGGAACUGCGGGACUACAUGGAUGCCAAUGCAGGGCAAUCUCCGCCGACGACGUCGGCUCUAUACAGCAAGUUGCGAAGGGCAGACUUGCUGCGAUUGCUGGAAGAAGAAAGGCUUCCUAUGGAAGCGCAGCUCCGACAAGAACUGCGGGACUACAUGGAUGCCAAUGCAGGGCAAUCUCCGCCGACGACGUCGGCUCUAUACAGCAAGUUGCGAAGGGCAGGCUUGCUGCGAUUGCUGGAAGAAGAAAGGCUUCCUAUGGAAGCGCAGCUCGGGCAGGAACUGCGGGACUACAUGGAGGCCAAUGCUGGGCAACCUCCGCCAACGACGUCGGCCCUAUACAGCAAGUUGCGAAGGGCAGGCUUGCUCCGAUUGUUGGAAGCAGAGAAGAGUGCAAGGGAAAAGCAGCUUCGGCAGGCAGAAGAGCAAAAGAAGGAAGUGGAGCUCCGACAGGAACUGCGGGACUACAUGGAUGCCAAUGCAGGGCAACCUCCGCCAACGACAUCGGCUCUAUACAGCAAGUUGCGAAGGGCAGGCAUGCUUCGAUUGCUGAAAGACAUGUUGCCCAGAGGCCAGGGGCCGGACACAAGUCCGCUGGAUGAGCAGCUUCGUGGUGGUGCUGUCAAGUUUGUGGCGGACAAGACGGUUUUGGACUGCUUACCGUAUUUGGCCGAUCUACCAGGGACGGCGUUUCAGCGGUAUUGUCAUGACGCUGCGGCUGAUCGUCGCUGUUGCUUUGCGGACAUUGUCAUUGCUGUGUGUCGAGGUUUCGAAUCUGCUGCUCUUUUUUCCAUGCAGUCUUUAUCUGUUGAUGAACAAACUGCCGCUUUGGAAUGGUUGGAGACAUGCCCAGUUGCGACAUCGGAUGAUACUGCUAGUGUGAGAGCUCGUGUGGAAUCUUUUUGUGUUUCUGAAAGCAGGUGGCCCGACAAAGAUGGUGGCCACAGUUCAGACCCGGAACUUGUGACAGCUAUUCGCAAGGUCCGCUCUCGUCGUUUUGGAGUUGUUGUCAACAAGCGUAAAGGGGUGCUGUCUGACUAUGCGUUGCCUCUCAAUGAAGACCAGAUGUUGGCGUGGGAAGCCUUACCACUGCAUUCGUGCUUCCUGUGGUGGCCGCAUCAUUUGAAGGUUUUCGAAGAAGUGCAAGAGUUGUGGCAAAAUGAGCAGUCUUUGCCGGUCCGAGGGCCGCAGAGCGCCUCAGACGCCUUGGCGCAGAAAGUUCGGCGGGUCCGCAUGAAAACAUUGCUCACCGGCAGAAAAGCUAUGCGUGUUGCCGAAAGGAUAACUUGGGAAGAAGCAUUCCCAAGCAUUUGGCAGCGCCGUAUGCAGAAGGAAGCAUACAUCCAAGCUUCACAGUUGACAGAUUCCGGAGAUCGUUGGCCUUUUCGACGUGGUCCAGAAGCAACGUGUAUGCUGGCCUGUGAGCUUUGCGGCAGUGAGAUGAACACACAACGUGAUUUUUUGAAACAUCUGGAAGAACAUCAUGUGGCUGCUGACAGCGCAGGCAAUCGUGCAGAGUGGUGGACUUCGCAUCGUGUUGUGGAAGAGUAUCGCAAGCGCAUGAUGUUCUAUGAGCAAGUGGAAGGACCGUUUCCUGUCAAAGGUGAACAGAUGCAACGGGGCAUUGCCAAACACGCAUUUCAUCAAGUGCAUAGCUGCAGAGGCAAACACGCAGAGCCUCGGUCCUUUUCUUCAUGUUGUGUGUGUGCUCGUGGAUUCUGGAAGGAGGACCUUCGACCGGUGAAACUGUUUGUGACGGCGCUUGGAGCCACGGAAUUGGAUGAAGUGAAUUUGGAAGACCCUGCAAAUGAUCAAGAUGAAGCGGAAGAGGAGAAGGAACAAGAUGACGGUGUGCUUAGUAUAUCUCCUCAAGCUGUUGCAAGAUUGCAUUCACACAUUUUCGAUGUAUAUCGUUAUUCCAGACUGUGGCCUUUGAUUCCUUUAGCCGAACUUUUGGCUAGUACUGUUGAACAUCCGACUGGCAAAGACAAAGCAGGCCGAGCUUGUCGAUGGUUGCUGAACACAAAGAUGGUUCCAUCGCGGCUCGGUCCCGAUACUGUCGUGGAUGUUUGCAUGGCUUGCUCGCAGAGCUUGACGCGCAAGGUGCCACAGAUGCCCAAGUUUGCGCUUGCCAAUUCUUUGUGGAUUGGUCGUGAACCUGUCGUGUUUCGCAAUCAAGGCAAGAAAUUAUCUCCUAUGACAUUCUUACUUCUUUCCUUGGGCCGUGCUGUGGUGCAAAAAAUCAUUGCCGAGAAAGACAAGCCGGGGAGAAGGCAAGAAAAACAAAUGGGCAUGCGAAGCAACACUGUAGCAUUUCCGCAAGCUAAGAUACGAGAAUUGGUAUCCACUGAACUGCCUGCAGCUUCGAUUGAGACCCACCGUUAUUUGUCGGACAGCAUUUCUAUUGCAUUGGUGGGUUGUGAUCCGGAGGACAAUGCAAAGGAACAGUUCAUGGAAUUGGGCGCCACUUGUGCUGCUGUGCGUGCCCAGGCUACUCGGGUUGCAGAGGCUGAAGCUAUGCUUGUGAAGUUGGACGCUCCUGGAGACACAUCUGCGGAUACUGUCGUGGUGACUGUCGCGGAAGCGACUGUGACCGAUGCUGCGGAGACGGAACUGGCGGCGACUGCCGACUGUGGAGAUGACAGCGGUGAUGUUGGCUCAGUCCACAACCAAUCGCUUGAUGCGGACGAAGAUCAGCCGCCGCCUGGCUUUCAAUGUGUGGCGGCAGAACUGACAAGCGCGGACUUGGACGUGGAAAGAUGUUGUAAAGAGUUUGCUGCAAAGUUGCAACUUCUGGCCGCUCGGGCACAGCGUCUUGGUGGUGGUGAUGAUGCGGUGGAACAAGAAUUGACGAGCUUGAAGGCCCUGGCUGAAACGAUGUCGAAAGCUGAUUUGCAAGCAAAGCUGGAUGAAUUGGUGCAACAGAUGGAUGCUGCGGAAGGUGCCACUCACAGUUCGACGGGUAAGUGGGUGCAGGUUGUCCACACUGGGAGUGAUACCCUGUCGAUGUAUUCACCUGAAUUUUAUCAGAAAUGUUUUCCGGAAUUAUUUCCGUAUGGUGAUGGAGUAUAUGGCUUACCGCGGGACACUCCUCUGACUUUCCGCGAGUGGGCAAGCUAUCUGUUAGCAAGAGUUGAGCUGGAGUAUGAAAUCUCCGACGUAGCCACCUCUGAUUCUCUGCCAGAAACGCCGUUCCAGCCCCCUAUCAUUCCACGCUGGCAAGCAGAUUUGAAUUUUCUUGCUGUUGCUUCUGAUUCUUGGAAACGCAUGGAGAUGGUGCGCUUGGCUUCCGGACAUGUCCGGCGGAAGAAAUUCAAAGAUUCUCUGCGUGCUGUCCUGGAUUGUACUUCUGCCAAACUCAGCACCGCUUUGCGUGAGCUUGGAGAUCAUGCGACGAUGGGUGAUGUGAUGCGUUCAGCCAAGGCAGACACUCGCCUCAGAGAUGCGAUAUCGCAGCUGUUAUUCUUUUCUUCCGAUGUGGUGGGAUCGGAUGGGGCGAGACAGCAGCUGAGACAUGAGCAGAACGGUGCGAUGCUGAUGUAUGGUGGUGUGCAAGGCUUCUUGACGCCGAAUGUUGCAGACACGCGAAAUCCAUUGCUUGUGAUUCUACACAAUGGCAAUGUCGCUGCUGCUGCUGGUGGACUGACACCGGAUGGCACAUCGGAGAAGUACACGGUGAAUUUGCUGGACGAGGAACCCACCAUGCCUUCUGCCAGUCGCAUGCUUGAGAUAUUAGCAGAAAACCCUGUUGCACAGGCCAAAUUUUUCAUCAUCAGCAUGCGUUUGUUUUUGGAACACGUUCUUGGCGUGAUGCCGUUUGACGACCAACUUCGUGCAAAUGGUAGUCGGGCAGGGGUGAUCUACGCAGAUGGAGCUGCUGCGAAUUUUAUGGGCGGUGCGUUCCCGGCUGUGCAGCAACUUCAUGGACCCAUUGAGGAACAAGCUCGGCUUGCGUGCCACCCUCAUAUAGUUUUGCAUUUUGCCAAUCGGACUUCUCAAGCAUGGCUUCGCUCGGUUUUGUUGGCUGAGACGGACGAAGCUAAAGCUUUGUUGCGCAAUUGGCAAGAGAAAACUAUUCUGGCCGUUGAAAGCAUCAUGUCUUCCUGUGCAGGCACAGGUCGAUUGCACUUUGAAGAAAUUCCGUUUCGAGAAGACAUCGACUUGAAGCCCCAGCCGUACAGUGAGAAGUGGCGGGAAGAAGAUCGUUUUGAUGGCGGUGCAGAAGAAGAUGUCAAGGAGCCCGAGAAGAAACGUACUUCUGUUACGGUGGUGCCACCUGUGGUCGAUUAUCAUAUACGAAAAGCUAUGACAGGAGAAUCUGCUACAUCUUUUGAGGAGACAAAGCAAAAGGUGAACAUCAAGCAUAUCCCUUUGACUGGAUGCGUCAUGGCGCGCUUGCCACAUUAUCGUCUACCGGUGUCAGGGUAUGCUGCAUGCAGUUGCUCACUAUGUGCAAAGGCUCGGACAGAUGCUGAGGAACGUUCGACGAGUGGUUUUCCCAUUGAUGCGAAAGAAGACAUGCAGCAACAGUAUAUUGCGAACUUUUGCGAAGACUUGCAUGCUGUGUGUGCUUUGUCUGGCCACCUGCACGAACACAAGAACACGUGUUUCAAGUAUGUUGUGGUCGCAAGGACCGGAAAGGACCCUUUGCUGCCUGUGUGGCCCGGGGAAGGUAUCCGCUUGACUUUGGCAGCUAUGGUGGCGCAUCGUGGCAAUUUGAAUUAUCAGGAUUGUCGUCGAACGUUGACUGCUGGCUUUGACAGGGAGGAACUUGACUUGUUGCGUGAUCUGGGCGCAAAUUCUAUGCCGAUGUCGUCUGGAAGCAGUGGCUCAGUCCCUGGCAAUGACUUGUUGACACGACAAACAAAGAUCAUUGGAUCAGAAGCAACAGGCCAGCAGUCUGGAAGAUGUGGCUCAGUCCCUGGCACUGACUUGUUGGCACGACAAACAAAGAUUUUUGGAUCUGAAGCAACAGGCCACCAGCAGCGAGUGCGCUUUAGAGUUGUCAUUACUUCCGCUUUCAUUCUUGCUAAUGAAUUUUGGACAUACCAGGGUUUGCAGUGGAUUGGCAACUCGGAGGUCAGGGACCGUGCCCAGAAAAGAGCAGCCCAGUUUUUGACACCGUAUCUGGAUGGCCUCAUGUGCAAAAGGUUGAGUCGGACAUGUUUGGCUUUGUACCGGUUGGAGUUUGAGAGAACAGGUGCCGCCGAUGCUAAUCGAGUGGGCGAUCGAUUUUUGAGCCCGGAAUGCAGACUUCUUCAUGGAUAUGUGAAAGAAUGCGUCGUGGAAAGCAUUCGCACUGGUAUUCAAACCAGUUUUUAUACUUGCGACUACACCACCAAACCUUCCAUGACGUGUGGACCCAUGCUGAAGCAUUUGACUCAUGGGAUGAAGAAUCUGGAGGAGAAAAUGCAAGCUGAAGCCGAGCAAGAGGAAGCUCAGCGGCUUCAGCUUGCAUACCCGCUGCCGGCCGUGCGAGAAGGUCGAGGCUUGACUGCUGAGCAGCGGGAGGCCCGACGCCGCUUGUGCCGCCUUUGGACUUCAGCGAACCACGCAGUCAUGCAUGGCUUCUGUCUCAUGUCUCUCCAGCUUAUGACAGGCCGUGAAGUGUUACGGACGCACAUCUUCUGGCGCAUCAUGAUGAAGCGAGUACUUUGGGGCGUGUUUGAAGAAAUGCGCAGAAACGCUGAAAAACUCGCAGAUUCGUUUGAGCUACAGACAACCGCUGCAGUCGAGGACAUUGAGCUGCCGCCUGCAGGGACACAAGCAGCGGACACGCGGGCCACUUCUUUCUAUGAGGACUACUUGCAUCGAGGAAUCGCAGAGCCAUUAGCUUCUAUGAACUUGUAUGUCUAUGCAGUGCAUGUCAGUGCUGUGCCGUUACAGGAAGCUGGCAAGUUUGACCAUGGUGAGUUUGAUUUUUCGGAACACUAUGUCAAAGCGAAGACGCAUGUGCAGGUUCUUCAUGCGGCUCCUCGUAUUCCUUAUUUGCAUGGAAUAUCGAUGCCCACAAAACAGAAAGAUCCGGACAUGUGGGCUGCCGUACAUAUUGCCUUACUUCGAAAACAUUGCUGUGAAGAUGAGAAUGUUUGCGGUCAGGCGAGCGCUGUUCGCCAUAUUCACAUCUUCCCUGGAAAGUCGCGUGUGCGUGUGGUGUCUCCUGGCAACGAUGCUCGUAUAGUGCGAGAUUCCACUGGUGUGUUGGCGGAAUGGAAAGCUACUGAAGCCCGUGUGCAGUGCUUGGCAGACCGCGCAGAUGUUGUGGAUGUAACUGCUUUGCGCCAAUACAAAGUUCCUGGAACUGUGGAAAGCUGUGAUGUCUUGGAGUCUUUGCUGAAGAUGUUUACAGAGCCAAAUCGCCCAAAGACGCGUCGCACCUGGAAACAAGGUCGGCGCAAGCGGACAGUCUGCAGUACCGUACCGCUGGUAUCUGAAAGGAUCCUUGGAAAUAUUUUCGAUUAUGUGGGACAUUUGACGACAGAGGACGGUGAAGCUGUUUUGCUCGGGAAUAGUCCGGAACAUUUUGACACUUGUGUGUUGCAUCGACCAGACUUGGCUGCUGCAAAGCGAUGCUCUUACGGAUGGCAUAAUGAACAACUGACAGCCGCGGAAUACGUCGCCACCAUUAGCCGAGAAAUUUCCGCUAAUUUGGAUUUCAUGGCUGAAGCUCGGCGACGACCCAGACCUGGUGUUUUGCAUCCAACUGCCACCGAUGAGAAAGAAGAUGUGGGUCUACAAGGUGAAUUCGUGAAUGUAGAGGAUGUGGAUGACAUUCAAGAUCCAGAUGCAGACGAUGUGGAUCAAGACACGUCUCUUCGACCGGACAUUCAAUACAAACCGAUCUUGCAUGUGGCAUCCAAUGAUUUAUUUGACAUGGUGCAUCGCAGGAACGUGGGCUCGGGUCGGGCAAGUGCCAGCACCAAACGUUCAGAAGAAUUCUUGCGUCAAUAUGGUGGAAAAUAUUUGGAUAUGAAAGAAUCCCGUCCUUGCGCACGGGCUCCUGACACGGAUGUGCAGAGGCGUGCUACUUUCAACGUCGUUGCUGGCUUGAAGGCGCAGAAGUUUUUACAAGAAUCUCGAAAAGAAAAAGAUGAAAAGUUGAUGGACGCAUCAGAAGAUGAAUUCUUGCCUGGAAACGCUAGUCUUUUGGAAGUUCCCGCGGGCAUGGCUCCUGAGACUGAGGUACUUGUUCUCUCUCCUGCUGACAUGGCGUUGCGACUGUUGCAACAACGUCUGCCGACACGUCAGGCUGAUGGUACGUACCAAAUCUCGCCAGAUCAGUACAAGGCAUGUGUGUUGGCGAUAGCGCCCCUGCAGAAAUUAUGGGUCAAGGCGGGUGAGCAUGAUCUGCAGCAUUGUUUCGGCGCACGUGGCCGCCUUCGCGAGUUGCUGGCAUUGGUGACUCCGGACAUGAUUGCUCGAAUCUUCUUGCAUGGACCUGGUGGCUCGGGGAAAACCUAUAUGCUCACUCGAGUCAUACUGCCUGUCUACGAACAUUUCUUGCCCAAGGCAUCCAAAGGCAUCGCAGCGCAGAACUCCGCAGCUCGCUUAAUCACAGGUGCGACGUUUCAUUAUAUGUCGGCACUGAAACGAUCUGCGGAGCUCGGCCUACAGAAGCCGUCGCGGGACAGAAUGCAAGCAUUGGAGCGUCGAUGGCAGCAUGUGGCUCUGGCAUUUCUAGAUGAGAUUUCAUUGACGCCUCCUUCUUUGCUUGCAGUUUUGGAUGACGCAGCGCACUGGGGCAGGCAGUCUCUCUUGAAUUCGUGCUCCAGUGGCUCAGUCCCGGUGGGCGGAUCCAUUCCGGCGGCUCAGGCACUGGGGAAGAGGAAGACUCGGAGAAGUCGUGAUGCUGACGAUGCUUUUUCAGCUGGACAUGAUACAUUGGGAAACAUCUUGUGCCAAAUUCUGGCCGGUGAUUUUUUGCAAUUGAACCCAGUCCUGAACUAUUCUUUGAUGGAAAUAUUUGGAGUGGAAGUUCCCCGCGCACCUACAUAUGAACGCAUGGACGAGCAGUCGCGCCAGCGCAAGCAGCAGAUCGAUCGCAGGGGCUUGCAAAUUUUCGAUCGCUUUUUGCCACAAACGAUUUUGUUUCGAGGCAGCCAUCGUUUCAAAGCCGGUGACCCUUUGGCAGCGAUCCUGGAGAACAUGCGAAAAGAAGGUUUCCACCCACUGACUCCUGAACUCAAAGAUUUGAUACGCAAGCAAUUGUUUCGCCCUAGAGCAAACGAUCCUCGUCUUGAUAGCAAUUUUGUUAUGCGUGACAGUGACGGUCGGCAAGUGGGCCCAACGGGUUUUUUUGCCAAUGGUGUGUUUUCGGCAAUCAAUUGGGAUCAAGUGGCCCGCCUCCAGCAGAUCACUGUCUACGAAUCGGCGCGGAGCAGUUUUGGUGUACAUGCUUUCCAGAACACGAUGGAUGGUCGCCCGCUACAGUUUGUCAGACACUUUCCACCUGCUUUGGGACGCUCCUUCCAGCGUCGGUUUGGCCAAUGUUUGCAGAGUGUUGCCGAGGUACUGAAAUCGUUUUUGUUUGCCAAAGGGCAGGUGAUUUAUUAUGCGCAGGCAGUUGAUUUGGUGCAUCAGAAGGAAUACUUCGCUGAUCAAAGUGUACUGCGAGAGUGCUUGUCCAUUACCAAUAUGGCUUCGAAGACGUGCAAUUUGAUGGCCUUUGCACCUUUGCACGUUGGACUUCGCGUGAAGAUCGCCAAAAAGUUGAUGGCACCAGAGCUCGUGCAAGAAUGCCCUGCAGAGAUCGUUGCGAUCCAUGUUCAUCCGGAAGAAAGAUACGGUAUUCCAGGCUGCCCACCUGGCUUGUCACAACCACCACUUGGACACCCGUGUUGGACCGAAGGAAUCUGCCGAUUGGAUUACUUGCCUGCAAGCAUCACCAUUCGAGUUGAAGAUCGCGGAGACGAUUACACUGGUGAAGGCUUGCCUGGCAUCUGGCAUUUGGAUCCCUGCGAAGACGAAUUUCGCUUGCGAAUUCGUCGACGUGGGGAAAUUUUCUUGGAUGUCACUCGAGUACAAUAUCCAUUGGCACCGUGGAUGGCAGGAACAUACAACAAUCAACAAGGCAAAACUGUGCGGAACAUGGGCCAUACUAUUGAUUUCAACAAGCCAGAUUAUUUCACUGCGGAGGAGUAUACCCAACACGUAUACAUGAUUCUGGGUCGAGCCACGUGUUUAGAAUGGUCCCUAUUCAGGAACCUGCCUAUGCUGCCAGGUGGCUCUGACAUCGAUUUUGAUGUUUUCGAACAUGGCCCUCCGCAAUAUAUUGCUGACUUUUUGAAACGUUUGGAGGAUGUGGCUGAAGCUUCCCACGUCGCUGUGGAUACAGCCUUGCAAUCUUUACCAGGCUUCCCGGCGGCCCACCAAUUGCCGAAGCCGAUUGGUUUGGACAAAACUGGUGGUUUUGUGUAUGAAGACAAUGUGUGGCUCCUUGCAGUGUCAAAGACUCAGCAGCCAGAUGUUGGCAACAGGAAACGUCCCUGGCCUGGAAAAUCUACUGCAGAUCGAACGAUGUUUUGCCAGAGCUGGCAGUUACGGUUGUCGACUUUAUCCCGGGCUGCUGAUGAUUAUUUGUUACGCGAGCACAGAUUGCGUGCCUUUGCAGCUGAUGCCGGCGCUGGCGGCGACUGUUUCUUUUUGUCUGUGGCGGCAGCAUUGGAAACAUUGCGGGCUGAACAGCACAACUUGCCGUUGUCACUGGAGCAGCUGUUUUCUGUUGAUGUGAGUCGUGGGGCGAUGGUCAGACGUUUGCGUGGCAUUGUUGGCCAAGGUGUUAUGAAUUGGGGUCCCAAACAGUUUCUUGAUUUUGCCACGACAUGUUUGGCCAACGAAGUUGCAGGUAUGUGGUUGGAUUCUUGGAAGAUGUCGCGGCUGAUCGCGAACACACCGUUUGCUUUUCUGCAAGGCGUCAAUAGCGUUCAUGACCUGACGCUGGACGCAGCCAACGCAUUGAUUUUGCAUUGCAAGCAUGGAGAGAGUCCAAACCUUGUGCAGCAUAGAAUAGAUGCAGGCAGGGAUGUGCUGACAAAAAUGCAGCGAGCUGUGGCUGACAACAUCAGCCAGGUCGGUAACAACCACUGGGCAACGCAUACUGACGUGGACAUUUUGUCCCAGGAAUUACAUGUGUGUUUUUGCAUCUUUGGAAACGAACCAGUUCAAGUCAAGCAGCAGGGAUCACUCGGUGCUGCGAGUGUUUUGCAUUCUUACGCAGCCACCAUGGAUGGAGCGGAAGUUUGCAUAUGCUUGUACAACAUCUCUUAUCAACAUUUUGAACUUGUUUUCCUGGAUCUUGAAAGUGGAUUUCAAAGCGCUUUUCGAUUGCCGGAACUGCCGCUGUCUCUGGCGGAAGCAAUGACAAAGGCGAAUCCAUGA